CCUCGUCCUCCUCUCCGUGUUGUUGUUCUCGGUGACGCGACGGAGGUGUAGCCUGACGCGGUCUCUUACGUGUCGGUCUGAAUAAAAGUGGAGCUCCGUAGACCCGGGAGUGACGAAGCGAGUCCGUGUUGAUGAAGAUGGAAGCUGGUUCAGAGGUGCAGCAGAGCGGCGAAGCAGCAGUCUCUGAGUCCGAGGCCCAGCAGAUCACCCUCGCCCAGGCGUCCAUCACAGCAGGCCAGGUGACCUCCAGCAGCCAAGGGGUCACCAUCGUGCAGCUCCCCAACGGUCAGACGGUGCAGGUGCACGGCGUGAUCCAGGCGGCUCAGCCCUCCGUCAUCCAGUCGCCUCAGGUCCAGACCGUUCAGAUCGCUACCGUGGAGAGCGAGGACUCCCAGGAGUCUGUGGACAGCGUCGUGGAUUCCCAGAAGAGGAGAGAGAUUCUAUCCAGACGGCCGUCCUACAGGAAGAUUCUCAACGACCUGUCGUCCGACGCUCCCGCCGUGCCUCGCAUCGAGGAGGAGAAAUCUGAAGACGACUCGGGUCCAGCCAUCACCACGGUUACCAUGCCCACCCCCAUCUAUCAGACCAGCAGUGGGCAGUACAUCGCCAUCACGCAGGGCGGGGCCAUCCAGCUGGCCAGCAACGGCACCGACGGGGUCCAGAGCCUGCAGACCCUCACCAUGGCCAACGCCGCCGCCUCGCAGCCCGGCACCACCAUCCUGCAGUACGCCCAGACCAGCGAUGGCCAGCAGAUCCUCGUCCCCAGCAACCAGGUCGUCGUUCAAGCUGCUUCCGGCGACGUCCAGGCCUAUCAGAUCCGGACAGCUCCAACCAGCACCAUCACGCCGGGUGUCGUCAUGGCAGCGUCUCCUGCGCUGGGAACAGGAGGCGGCACAGAGGAAGUCACACGGAAACGGGAGGUCCGGCUAAUGAAAAACAGGGAGGCAGCCCGGGAGUGUCGCAGGAAGAAGAAGGAGUACGUGAAGUGUUUGGAGAACCGCGUGGCCGUACUGGAGAACCAGAACAAAACCCUCAUCGAGGAGCUCAAAGCCCUCAAAGACUUGUACUGCCACAAAUCAGAGUAGAGCGCCCACCCCCCACCCAUGUACAGAGACUCCGCUCAGAGCCGCACCCGGAAGCCACUCCUCCUUUUCUACGUUUCCUGCUUUCUUACAAAAAAAACAACAAAAAAAACUGCUGAAAAAUCUGACGGUGGGAAUUACUGAGACAUAAAACACACCUGUCCCCUCUUUACGCAUCGCUUUUCCUUCAUAAGAGGACAGUGAGCGUUUCAGAGCUCAUGGAAAGCAUUCCAGUCACUUGGGCCCAAUCAAGCUGGGCUGAAUCACCAGCAAAGAGGAAGUGACAUCAGCCACCUCCCAAAAGGCCGGUCGCAUGAUAACUCAAAGGUUAUGUUUCUAUUCCUAACUUGCAUUACUCUGUUACCUAAUCACGCUAUGAACUGUAGGUGGGUCGUUUUAUCUCUGGCUUGUAUUUUGUUUAUUCUCAAUUUAUUUGCUUCUGUGACGCCAUUUUUUAUUUUUAUUACUAUUUUUUGACAUAUGCCUUUUUAGGACAAACAGCUAAAUAUGAACUGUAAAAUGCAGCUUUAAGAAUACAGUAUUGAACUUGGGAAACA